UGGCGCUCCCAACACAGCCCCAGAAGCCCCCGGCUCCCCUCCCCGCGCCUGUCCGGGCCAGGGCCGCGCCAUGCCCAGCCCUGUGCCCCUAGGCUGCCCGCCGCUCGCUCCCUCGGGCCCUCGGAUCCAGGCCGGGUCCCCAGCGCUCCAGCGGCGCUCCGCGGGCCCAGACACGCCCCGCGCCCCCGGACGCCUCGAGUCCUCCUUCUCCGUCGAGGCCAUCCUGGCGAGGCCCGACCCCCGCGCGCCCGCCUCCUCCCCGGCCCUGGGCCUCUGGACCGCUCCCUCUCGGUCCCCGGCCCCGGUUCUGCCCUGGGCGUGCCCAGCGGCGUGGCUGCCCGCCUACCUGAGCGUGGAUCUCUACCAGCCGUGCCCUCAGCCUCCUGUGCCGGGGCUGCGCGUGGCUCACUUCUGCGGCCUCCAGGGCCUCGGCGUCACAGGCUUGGAGCUGGCUCACUGCCCAGGCCUCUGGGGGCCCCCUGACUGGGCUCCAGUCGAGGACCUUCAGGACACUGAGAGACCCCAAAAAAGAGUUCGAACUAUGUUUAAUUUGGAGCAGCUGGAAGAGUUGGAGAAAGUGUUUGCAAAACAGCACAAUCUGGUGGGGAAGAAGAGAGCCCAGCUGGCUGCCCAGCUCAACCUGACAGAGAACCAGGUGAGGGUCUGGUUCCAAAACCGCAGGGUCAAGUAUCAGAAGCAACAAAGGCUGAACCUGCCAGCCACAUCUGCCAUUGCUGCCCCCCUGGACGAGCCCUCCAGCAGCUCCGACACUCGCAUCCAGAGAGAAGAUACUGAGUCAGGAGUGGACAGCUAAGGACUGGGACAGAGCCUCAUCGCAGGCUGUUUGGACUAGUUCUUCCUGGGGACACCCACUGGACCUCCCUGCCCCACUUCUUAAUGAAGAGCCUCGACAGGGUCAAAGGGCACCAGAGGAAUCUGAACUGUUGAGCAGGGGCCCGGUUUUCUAUAUUGACCCCUGGGAGCUGGAAUAAUGAAAAUGGUCAGGGGCACAGACUUUGACCUUCAGCUAUGUCUUUGGCCCAGUUGCUGAACUUCUGAGCCGCCUUCUUCAUCUGUAUAAUGGGUGUAUUGAUAACUUAGACCUCCCAGGGCUGAAAUGACGUCCAUAAAGGACUU